CAGCAACUUAUCAAUUGGUUUGGUUCCAAUACAACGCAGGCUCCUUUCUGGCCAUCUGCUCCGCUUUCCCGGGGUUUAAAACGAACGCACCCAGCGCGUCUCAGUCAGUCGUGAUACGGCAUGAGAAACUGAACUCGCAUCACAGUGAGCCUGCAUGCACCUGGGACCGGCUAAGGUCACUUAUUCCAAUAUUUUGAGUCUUUUAGAAGGGAAACUUUGGUGAAGUGGACUGACUGGAGCACUAAAAUGGUGUUUCUGUCGUUGUCUUGUUGGAUAAGAAACCGUGGAGCCGACAGAUACUGGAAAGUCCAAGAACUUCUGAAGCAUGCACGGCACUUCAGAGGCAGGAAGAACCGCUGCUACAGUCUGGCUGUGCGCUCCGUCAGGAGGGCUUUUGUCUACGCCACUAAAAGUCGGCAGUUCAAGAAACGCAACAUGAGGACGCUCUGGAUCUCGCGCAUUGCUGCAGCAACACGAGAACAUGGCAUGAAGUACCCCGCCCUCAUCCACAACCUCACAAAGACCAGCGUUCAGCUCAACCGUCGAGUCAUCAGCGACCUGGCCAUCACAGAACCUCGGUCCUUCCUCUCACUUGCAAAACUGGCACAGGCUCGGCAACAGGAAGGCUUCCGGGCUGCGUUGGGUGAUGGCAAAGAGCCUCCGGGCAUCUUCUCCCGCGUUGUCACGCUGCAGUAAAGCACUUGCUACAGUCAUGAAUUUAAGUUUGCGUUGUGGUUGAUAGAACGGUGUUCUUGGAUUAUUGAGAUGGUUAUUAAACAAUCAGACCAAAACACACAGCUCCUUACUUUAAUCUUACAUGUGGUAACUCAAGUAUUUGAGUUCACUGAGAAUCCCCAGGAAAUUUAAUUGGCUGGACACUUGAGUAUGAAGUUUUGAGAUCCAUUGUCUGACUUCUUCUGCAUGAACAAAUCAUCAUUUCCCACAGAGUAAUGUCCCUGAAAUAAUAUGUUGGACACAAUAGCAGGACAGAUGAUUGCUGUAGCAGUGUCUCUGGAGACAGUUUCUUUGCUCACGAUGCUACUAUGCUGUGAUACCUGUAAACAAUGUGUCUAUGAGAUGAUGUGUGACACCUUUAUCUUUCAUCCUACUAUUAAGGUCAUUGAUAUUUAUCAUUUCAUCUGAGAAUAUUCUUGAAAUGAUACACAAUUAAGUUAUCAAAACCAUGAUACGCCAUGAUAAUCCAGGAUAGAAACAAACAGUUUAGCAAAUGUACGUCCACAGACGGCAACAUUACCACCCUCCUGAUGUCCUCCAGUGUCACGAUGGGAGAAUGUGAUCACUUUUCAGAACCUCUUGUGUAUUGUAUGCAAUUUAAGAUGAUGUUUUUUUUUGUUUGUUUUUUUAUUUCUUGUUUCUUUGUAAAUAUGUAUUUUACCGUUUCACAUGGUAAGAAUGUCCUCUAAAUGUUUGAUUCAUUAAACAUUUUGAUAUGUA